AUGGUCUCCAAGACAUUCCUUAGCGCUGCGGCGCUCUUCACCCUGGCCUUGGCGCAGCAAAGGAACGGCGGUGGCGGCGGUGGCGGCGGUGGCAACAACAACGGUGGAAACCAGGGCAACCAGAACCAGGGUGGAAACCAGGGCGGUGGUAACGACGCCGACUCGACGACCCUGAGCGAGAACGCGAUCCAGACCGGUUCCUUCUCAGACGGCUCCCAGGGCCUUGGUGCUGAGGAUGGACAGGCCGCCUCUCAGACCUCGCAGAACAACUUCAUCAACGAGUGCGCCGGAAAGACCCUCACCAACGGUCUCCAAAUCACCGAGGGCUCGUGUAACGGUAUCCCCAUGGGAAACAUCCCCGCCAAGAACAACAUGAUCUCGUCCAUCAUCACCUUCCCCCAGAACGGUGAUGAGGUCCAGGAGCAGCAGGACUUCACCAUCAGCGUCCAGACUCAGAACCUCGAGGCUGGCUCCUUCACCAACGCUGAUGCGACCUACUACGCCGCCCCUCAGACCCUCAACGGUCAGGGACAAGUCAUUGGCCAUACUCACGUUACCGUCCAGGACUUGGGCAACUCUCUGAACCCAAGCCAGCCCCCAGACCCGACCCAGUUCGCUUUCUUCAAGGGUAUCAACGAUGCUGGUAACGGACAGGGUCUUCUCUCAGCCGACGUGGCUGGCGGUCUCCCUGCCGGAAACUACCGCCUUUGCACCAUGACCUCAGCCUCCAACCAUCAGCCCGUUCUCAUGCCUGUCGCCCAGCGUGGAUCUCAGGACGAUUGCACCAAGUUCACUGUCUCGGCGAACGGUGGCGGCAACAACAACAACAACAACAACAAUGGCGGCAACAACGGACAGCAGGGCCAGAACGGUCAGCAGGGCCAGCAAGGACAGCAGGGCCAGAACGGUCAGCAGGGCCAGCAAGGACAGCAGGGCCAGCAAGGACAGCAGGGCCAGCAAGGACAGCAGGGCCAGCAAGGACAGCAGGGCCAGCAAGGACAGCAGGGCCAGCAAGGACAGCAGGGCCAGAAUGGUCGCCGCAGACUGGCCAGCGACAAGCGCAGCCGGCUCGCCCGCAUCGCCACCCGUGACUUCGUCGCCUGA